CUCAGCUCGGAGUCGGUGCAAAGCGAAGGGAGCGAGCGAGCUGCAGGAACGAUCGACGCUCGCUUCGCCGGGGAGGGAAAGAGACGCGCAGACGCCCGCACCCGCUGGCUCCGAGUCCCGGGCGAGGAGCGGCACAGAAAGGCGCUGCUCCCAUAGGAGCGGGACAGAAGGAGCGCCCCGGGAGAGGAGGGGGCUGCCCUCUCUCCCCGGGGCGGACGAAGGAAGGGAUCUCCCGCGAGGAGAUGGCUGAGUGGCCCGGAGAGAGCGGCGGACAGAAAUAGAGAAGGUCUCGCCAUGUGUCGGGGUGCUUUCUUCGUGCCUGGAGGAAGACAUAGACCCUGCUGGAGCGCAAUUGUUGCUUGAGCCUCAGCUGUACACCAUCUUCCCCUGUCCUGUAUUGUUCUCGUUUGUGGCUUCAGCUGUGGUUUCCCCUUUUAUGUGAAGUUGUGUACAUGCACACAACUUGGCCCUUCUUGUUCUUUGGAACAUCUGGUGGGACAGUUGUGACUUAUGGAAGAUGCUGGAAACUCUCGUGAAGCAACAUGGAUCCUAAUACCAUCCUGAAGAUGAAGGAAGGAGCCAUGGGAAUGGCUUGGCUGUGGAUGACAUGUCUUAUCGGUGUAGCAUCUUCUCUAGAAGAAAUCCUUUUGGAUACAACCAGUGAGACCUCUGAAAUUGGUUGGACGGCCCACCCUCCUACUAAUGGGUGGGAUGAAGUGAGCGUCUUGGAUGACAGGAAACAACUGAUCCGAACUUUUGAGGUGUGUAAUGUUGCUGUACCAGGACAGAACAACUGGUUACGUACUCACUUCAUAGAGCGCCGUGGAGCCCAUAGAGUUCACAUACGUCUUCGCUUUUCUGUACGUGACUGCGCUAGUAUGAGGACCGUGGCCUCUUCCUGUAAAGAGACCUUCACCCUUUACUAUAAUGAGUCAGACACAGAUGUGCCCACCAAGGAGCAUCCGGAGUGGUAUGAGGGACCAUGGUCCAAAGUGGAUACAGUUGCAGCAGAUGAGAGCUUCUCCCAGGUGGACAGUACUGGGAAAGUGGUGAAGAUGAACGUGAAGGUACGGAGCUUUGGGCCACUCAGCAAGAGAGGUUUCUUUUUGGCUUUCCAGGACUCUGGGGCUUGCAUGUCCCUGGUGGCUGUUCAGGUUUUCUUUUACAAGUGCCCUGCCGUGGUGAAAGGCUUUGCGUCUUUCCCAGAGACUUUUGCUGGAGGUGAAAGGACUUCACUGGUGGAAGCCCCAGGAACGUGUGUGCCAGACGCAGAGGAAGCCAGCUCUACGGGCUCCUCUGGAGUGAGGUUGCAUUGCAAUGGAGAAGGCGAGUGGAUGGUGGCCAUUGGGAGGUGUGCCUGCCGUGCUGGUUAUGAGCCUGCGGAUGAUGAGAAAAUCUGCAAAGCAUGUGUCACUGGCACCUUCAAAGCAUCGGUGGGAGAUGCUCGCUGCAGUCCCUGUCCAACCCACAGUUACUCUUCUACCCCAGGCUCCAGUGAAUGUCGUUGUCUGACCCGAUACUACCGUUCAUCUUCAGACAUCUCGGAUGCCCCCUGUACCAGUACCCCAUCAGCUCCCCGUGACCUCAGCUAUGAGAUUAUUGGGUCCAACGUCCUCCUGACCUGGCGCCUUCCAAAGGAUCUGGGGGGCCGAAAGGAUGUCUUCUUCAAUGUCGUUUGUAAAGUGUGUCCAGCUGGAUUCCUUGGACCUUGUGUGCAUUGUAGAGACAGUGUCCAGUUUGAGCCACGCCAGAACGGGCUAACAGAGAGCCGGGUGCAAGUGUCCAACCUCCUGGCCCGUGUGCAGUAUGUCUUUGAAAUUCAAGCUGUCAAUCUUGUGACAGAACUAAGCACAGAUGCUCCGCAAUAUGCUUCCAUCAAUGUCAGCACCAGCCAGUCAGUCCCGUCCGCUGUUCCCAUGAUGCACCAAGUGAGUCGAACAAUGAGUAGCAUUACUUUAUCUUGGCCACAGCCCGAUCAACCAAAUGGGAUCAUCUUGGACUAUCAACUGCGCUAUUUUGACAAGUCAGAAGACGAGGAUAAUUCAUUCACCCUCACCAGUGAGACUAAUAUGGCCACUAUCUCCAAUCUGAGCCCAGGGAAGAUAUAUGCCUUCCAGGUGCGAGCACGGACAGCAGUGGGUUAUGGGCCAUACAGCGGAAAGAUGUAUUUCCAGACACUGGUGGGAGGUGAACGAUCUGAGAUGGUACAAGACCGGCUGCCACUUAUUGUGGGUUCAGCACUUGGUGGUCUGGCUUUCCUUGUAAUUGCUGCCAUUGCCAUCCUUGCCAUUGUCUUCAAGAGUAAGAGGCGAGAGACUCCCUACACAGAUCGCCUGCAACAAUACAUCACCACCCGGGGUCUUGGAGUCAAAUAUUACAUUGAUCCCUCCACCUAUGAAGACCCCAAUGAAGCUAUCCGAGAAUUUGCCAAGGAAAUUGAUGUGUCUUUUGUCAAGAUUGAGGAGGUCAUUGGAUCAGGAGAGUUUGGAGAGGUCUGCUUUGGGCGCCUGAAGCCUCCGGGGAAGCGAGAAUAUACAGUAGCCAUCAAGACUUUGAAGGCUGGCUACUCCGAUGAGCAACGUCGGGAAUUCCUAAGCGAGGCCAGCAUCAUGGGACAGUUUGAGCACCCGAACGUCAUCCGCUUGGAGGGUGUGGUCACCAAGAGCCGACCCGUCAUGAUUGUCACAGAGUUUAUGGAGAAUGGCUCACUGGAUUCCUUUCUACGGCAAAAGGAAGGGCAGUUUAGCGUCCUGCAGCUAGUGGGCAUGUUGCGUGGCAUAGCGGCUGGCAUGCGCUACCUCUCAGAUAUGAAUUACGUCCACCGGGAUUUGGCAGCCCGCAACAUCCUGGUCAACAGCAAUUUGGUUUGCAAGGUGUCGGAUUUUGGCUUGUCAAGAUUUUUGGAGGAUGAUGCCUCAAAUCCAACAUACACGGGGGCCUUGGGUGGUAAGAUCCCUAUUCGCUGGACUGCCCCAGAGGCAAUACAGUAUCGCAAAUUCACAUCCUCAAGUGACGUCUGGAGCUUUGGGAUUGUGAUGUGGGAGGUCAUGUCCUAUGGUGAGAGGCCCUAUUGGGACAUGUCCAAUCAGGAUGUAAUCAAUGCCAUUGACCAGGACUAUCGCCUGCCACCUCCGCCAGACUGCCCCACUGUCUUGCACCUACUGAUGUUGGACUGCUGGCAGAAGGAAAGGGUACAGAGGCCCAAAUUUGAGCAGAUUGUCAAUGCCCUGGACAAGAUGAUUCGCAAGCCAUCUGCCUUGAAAGCUACUGGCACAGGGAACAGCAGACCAUCCCAGCACCUGCUAAGCAACUCACCCCCCGAUUUCCCAUCACUCACCAAUGCCCAUGAGUGGCUGGAUGCCAUUAAAAUGGGUCGCUACAAGGAGAACUUUGACCAAGCUGGCCUGACUACCUUUGAUGUCAUCUCGCGCAUGACUCUGGAAGACAUCCAGCGCAUUGGUAUUAGCCUGGUUGGCCAUCAGAAGAAGAUUCUCAACAGCAUCCAGCUCAUGCGGGUUCACCUCAAUCAACUUGAGCCUGUAGAAGUCUGACAGAGCAAGCAGAGCCCAGCUAAUCUGAAAGGGCCUGAAGAUAUCACGUGACCCUUUUAUUGUAAAAAGGUGGAAGAACAGCAAAUUUCAGGCACCGAAUGAGAAUAUGUGAAAACGUCACACUCCACAGAUUAGAAUCCUUGACAGUUUUAAAGGGUUUUUUUUCUUCUUUUUUUGAAAAAAAUACUUGAGGCACUGCAAAAAUCCUGUGGAAUUUAAAUAUGGAUGGAUUUGUACAUUGGAGCAGGCGACUGUUAGUACACAAGGUAGAGAUGGAAAGACAGCUUUGGAGUUGCAAAAGCACCUGCUGCCAUUUGUGUGCCAAUUUAUAGUUUCAGACCCAUUGCAGACAUGCGAUUUGGAUAUUUCUUUAUCCAGAUCAGGCAAAAUUGAGAUAAACAGAAAGACUGUGUUGCCGAAAGAAAUCCCUUUGAAGCUUUUGCUUAGCCCCUGGAAUUUAGUUCCAAGAAGAAGAAGAGACAAAUGCCACCAUCUUUCGGGAAAUUUUGGAAGAGACAGAUGUACAGUGAAAAAAGAUGCGAUGCCUGCUGCCUCAAGCUGUGAAUUUUGGGCACCGUUUUGGGUGACUAAAUGAGAGAUGAACAGAUCUGCGAGGCCAUAUGAUGUUCCCUGAUUUAUUUGAGUAGGGCUUGGGCUGGAUAAUUUCCUGGCUGUUUGGACCCUCUGAUGAGUAGUGAGUGGGUGGAGGAUGAAUUUUGAAUCUUCAGAUUUAGGCAACAGAACACUUUGGACCCACCAUGACUUCUAGGUUUGUAUCUGGUUCCUUAAUGAGGGAAGUAGGAUAGAAACCUCCUGGUUGUCAGAUAUGGUACAUGGAAAUUUAUCUACUGAGGGAAUGGGUCUUCCUUUGAGGUGUCCUAGUGGAUAUUGAUACCAGAAAAAAAUGAAAUAAAACAUUUGGCAGAGAAA